CGGGAAUCAAUCGUUUGUAUUUGCUGAAAUGUAAUAAAUUUGUGUUAAUGUUUAGCUAUCUGUAUGCAAUAUUUUUGAUUUCAUUUGUCGCGUUAGUUUAUUGGACAACCGAACCGAAGAAAAAUUCACACCUUGUCAUCAGACUUUUCACAUUUUUUGAAUACACACUCCUGGCUUGCAUAUCUGUGUUUCUGAAAAAAAAGAAAAUGAUAAAGUUCUUUGAAAACUUGAGCUUGCUCGACAAAAUGCUGAAAAUUAACAAAAACGUAAACAGCACGUGUUGCAUGAAACAAGUUUUCUUUUGGGUCACAGGCAGCAUUGUGUAUAACUUAAUCGAGUUUUACGCUAUGGAAUUUUACGAUAAUACCAACAAAGGAUUGAAGACUAUAAUCUGCACUUAUGCUAUUGCAUUGGCUCACGAUUGUGAGCAAAUAUUUUUCUUCACAUUACAAAGGGUCGUGUACUUGAGACUUUUAGUCGUAAAGAGGCAUAUACAAGAGUAUUUUAAAGUAGAUGAAGACAGUAGCAGGAAGAAACCAAACAAAUAUGAGAUGUUAUCAAAUAAUGUACAGCUAAAUCUCACCGCUUUGCACGAAGUGUAUGCGUUACUACACAACUGCGCUGAAAAACUCAACACAGUGAUGAGUAUUCCGGUGCUACUCAUGUUAUUUACUUCCGGAUUAUCCACGACUAUUCUUCUGAAAUUUUUUGUUAGAGUCAUACAAUUAACGGAUCCUUCAAAUCCGGGUUCAGCAAUCGGAGUGUGCAUGUAUUUAAUAGUGCGUUGCAUCAAAUACACGUUGUUAGUUGUGAUCUCGUGCUAUUACUCAAGCAUCACUGCAACUCAAGUUUCUCUUAUUCGUAUCACGAUUCAUGAUGCCAUCAACACUGUUCCACUGGGAAAACUCCAACGUCGGAAGGUCAAAGCGUUUUACUUGAUGACCAAAGAAUAUAGUUUCGUCUAUGCUUUGGCAGGGGUCAUCAAACUCAACAUGUCUUUGCCACUAAGCUAUAUCAGUCUCUGUACGACUUACUUAGUCAUUAUAAUACAGUUCUCAAAAUUUUUAGAUUAAAAUAUCUAUCGUUUUUAAUAUUAUUUUUAGGUAGUAAGCAUUUUCUAUAAACAAGGCUAAUUUCACUGAUUUACACGUAUUAAGUUCUCAGAAUAGCGAAAGAUGUUUUUUUUUCAUUCUCAGCUGUGUAUCGAACCUGAUAUUUUAUGAAAUUAAACCUGAUAUUUUAUUUUAUUAAAUUUUAUGGAAUUAAUUGAUUAUCAGGAAAUUACAAAUAUUAUUUAAAUAACAGUUUGAUCGUGUUUUAAAGUUUUAUGAGUACAGUUGUAGUUUAGUAGUAUUUUCUUCUUCUUCUUCUCAGUCAUUCACUCCUGGCGGAGUGGUCGUGGUUACGUAAGUCUUAAUGUUUGGUUGCGGCUUUUGAGAGACUUCUCCAUCUUUCUCUAUUUGUGGCGGUACGUGUACACUCAGUAAAGGAACACUUCGUAGAUAACUUAACCACCUUGUGGAUGAUCGGCCGCGAGAGCGUUGACCGUCUACUCUUCCUUGAACCACUAAACGUUCCAAUGACCUUUCAUUACGAAUGAUAUGUCCAAACAUAUUAAGGAUUCGCAAUAGUAUAAUAAUAUAUAAUAAAUUAUAAUAGUAUAUUACUGUAGACCUAUUUACAAUUAAUUUAAUGAGGUAACUAUGAACCCAAUAUAGUACCUAUAUUUGUCUUGUAGUAUAUUAUAAUGCUUGAAAAUAUUUUUGUCGUUUUACUUAAUAUAACAUAAUCUGUUUGAGCGCUUAAUUUAUGUAUGUUUAUUAAUCAAUAUUCAUUAAAUGAACCACAAUCCUUAAAAAAUAU